AUGGCUCGGGCCCGAGCGCGUGCCCGCGCCGCGACGACGGAGCUCGACUCGAAUGCCCGCCGCCGCGCCCAGCUCCUCGAACAAGCAAAGGCCGACCAGCGUGAGCUGCGAGCCAAACUCGACCUGAUCCCCAUCCUCGAGGAGGCCCUCCAGAAAGAGCAUGAGGCGGUCGAGUCGUGGACCAAGUGCCUGGAGGACGCCCAGGACUUUAUCCGCGAGGUAGAUGUGGAGAAGGCGAAGAUCAAGAAGCAGAUCUGCGAGAGCCUCGAGCACUUUCCCCGUCGCCUGACCUGUCCUCUGAUGCGUCGUGCUGUUGGAUUCCAGGAGAAGAUCGCCGAUAGCCGCGGUCGUGUGCGCGACAUGAUUACCGACACGCAGAUGAAGCUGGCCGCUUCCAAGGGCCGCAUCGACACAGUGCGACUGAAACUGCAGGUCACCAAGCGACGAGUCCAGUACCUGCGCCGCAAGAUCAAAGCCACUGAAAAGCCCUUAGCGCCCUCGAUACACACAUCCACGGAAUGA